AUGGGUGGUACAACUUCCACCGAGACGCCCCAAGAGGAAGUGAAGGAGCGUGUUGAGGAGAAAACUGCGGAAACUCCAGCGGUUGAAGCUUCUGCAGCCACAGGAGUGAAGAAGGAACCGGAACCAAAGAAGAACAAAAUGCCAGAUAACAAAAAGAAACCGAUUCCAGAUGCAGGCCACAAAUCCUCCCCACCCAAAGCUCCAGUGCCUCCUGGAGCACAAACUUCCGCUACACUGGCUCCAAAGCAGCCAGCGAAGGCACCUAGUGCAAAGAAGAAAGUCCAACAGGCAGGUCCUCCACAGCAGCCUGGUUUGAUCACCCCGGAAAGCCAGGGAAAGAAGGGAGGCAAGGGAGAGAAAGGAGAGAAGGGCAAGGGAGGCAAGAAAGGCGGUGGCUUUCCAGGUAUCCAACUUUGUGUCCGCAAUUUGGUGAAGGAUGCCACACCAGAUCAGCUCAAGACCAUGUUUUUACCCUUUGGCGACCUCCUCAGCGUGGAUGUAAAGAAGAACACGGAUGGAACAUGCCGUGGCUAUGGUUUUGUGACCUUCGCCAAGAUGGAGGAUGCUAAGAAGGCAAUCGCGCAGAUGGACAACAAACACGUGGAGGGCAAGAACUUGGUCGUGGUGCUGUCUGACCGGCAGCAGGGAACUACUAAAGCUGAACGUGAAUCACAGGCCACAACAAUCAAAGGUGGGAAAGGCAAAGAUGCCAAGGGUGCUGAGCCCAAAGGCAAGGGAGGUGCCAAGGGAAAGGCCAAGGGUCCACCGGCCCCCCCAGCACCGGGUGCUCCAGCUCAAGCUUGGCCAUAUGGGCAAGCCCCGGAAGCGUCCUACCCAUACAACUAUGCCUAUCCCAUGAUUUCGCCCAUGGUGGCCUAUGCCAACCAAGGCUACCCCAAUUCGCAGCAAGCGGCUGCCAUCGCCAUGCAGGCACAAUUGCUUCAGGCACAGCAGCAAACUAUCCAAUCGCCAGCAGCUUGGUACAGUCCGCUGAACCAGAUGGGUUUGCAUCAACAAAUGGCGCCUGGCAACGUGCCACAGUCCUCCCCACCAACGGUGUCCUUGGCUGCUGCAACACCCGGUCCUCCUGCUGCGAGUGGUGAGGGGUCCAGGCCAAAUUUGAAUCAAGAGUACGAGGGCACUUUGAAAUCAAUCAGUAACAAGAAUGGAUAUGGCUUCAUUGCGUGUGACGAAACGAAGGUUCACUAUAAGCGCGAUGUCUUUGUGGAUUCGGCGCUGCUCCCGGAAGGUGUUGGCGGCCCGCUGAGUGAGCCCCUUGCGGGCACGCGAUUGCUCAAAUCCUGCAUGUCUUUGGGCUUUGGUGAAAGCGACAGCAAGGCGUAUUUGACCAAGGGUCUUGCAUUUUGCACAGGCAUGUUUGAUGGAAGGUCUGCAGAUGCCAAGGGCUCUCCAAAGCCGAAAGCCAUGAAAACAGAUUCAAAUGCCUCCAAGCUGGAGCCGCUCCACCAAUUGGUUGACUUGGCACCAAUUGGGGAGAUGUCCAAGUCCAUGUUGCUGAACAUGGCUCCAUACUCUUUGGUGGAUUCGCCUCAUGAGUUUCAGCUAAAAACGAAAGAAAUGCUGAAAGGAGUUGUGGAUAUGGUGGACAAGGACCACGCGGAAAAGUUUGAAGAAGCUAAAGCGAGUCUGAAGUCGAAUCAGUCGGAGUUGGAAGAAGCCGCUAAGACAGUAGCCACUACAGGGGAAGAGGCUACUGCCGCGAAGACCGUGAAACAGGAGAAAGCUGAAGCUCUGCAGACGGCCAAGAAGGAGGUCUCUACCGCCAAGGAAGAGGUGGCUGCUGCGAAAAGCAAGGAAGAGAGUCUUGAGACAGAACGUGCUGCAGUGGUGGCAGAGGGCGCUGAGUACGAAGGAGUUCUUGAAAAGGAAUGGGCAGUGCUGAAGGCCGGUAGCCUGGAUGGGAAGAAGUGGCGCGAACGGGCCAAGCACAUCGACUUCGUCCUGAAGAUGUUGGAGCCUGCGGGCCUCGAUAGCGCCUUGGCGGGUGCACUGCCCAUUGCCUUCAAGACGAAACCGGCUGAGCGCGGCCCCUUUGCAGAGAAGGCCAUCACCUAUGCAGAGGACCUGCUGCAGAAAGCGGUCAUCAAGUUGAGAGAGAGGCUCAACGGCUUUGAAGCCGAGGCUUCUGCUCGCGCCAAAGCUGUGGCAGAUGCGGAAGACGUUCUUCAGGCUGCUCUCAAGACAGAGGAGCAGAAAAAGGAAGAGUACCAAGCGGCACAGGAGAAUGAAUCGGAAAAGGCCUUGGCCCUCAGCAGUGCAAAGAAAACCGAGAAGGCACUCGGCCCCAAAGUCAAGAAAGCUGAAGCUGCGCUGGCAGAAGCAGAAAGUGGACUUGAAGAGGUUCGAAAGUUGACGGCCGAGUUCAAGCAGCUCAUUGAGGCUGAUGCUAAGGUUGAAGAUUGA